AGUCUAGCCAGCCUUACUCUGGAUAAUUACUUACAAUUUGGAUUUUUGUAGCUCUUUAAGCAGGACAAAAUAAAGUAAAAUGCCGAAGGUCAAAGCGGUGAAGAAAAGCAGACAGCACCAAGAGGUCAAAAACCAAGGGAUCAUGUUCAACACUGGCAUCGGCCAGCACAUCCUGAAGAAUCCUCUGGUUGUCAAUGGGAUUAUUGAAAAGGCUGCUUUGAGGCCGACAGACGUGGUGCUUGAGGUGGGACCUGGUACUGGUAACAUGACGGUUAAGCUGCUGGAAAAGGCCAAAAAAGUCGUCGCCUGCGAGUUGGACUGCAGAUUGGUGGCUGAACUUCAGAAGAGAGUACAGUGCACACCCUUACAAGCCAAGCUUCAGAUAUUAAUUGGAGAUGUGCUAAAAACAGAUCUGCCUUUCUUUGACGUCUGUGUGGCUAACUUACCUUACCAGAUUUCAUCACCUUUUGUCUUCAAGCUCCUGCUGCACCGGCCUUUCUUCAGGUGUGCAGUCUUGAUGUUCCAGCGAGAGUUCGCCAUGCGCCUGGUUGCCAAGCCUGGAGACAAACUGUACUGCAGACUUUCCAUCAACACACAGCUUCUGGCUCGUGUAGACCAUCUCAUGAAGGUAGGGAAGAAUAAUUUCCGCCCCCCUCCGAAAGUGGAGUCGAGUGUCGUCAGGAUAGAACCCAAAAAUCCUCCUCCUCCAGUGAACUUCCAGGAGUGGGACGGCCUUGUCAGAAUAGCCUUUGUAAGGAAAAACAAAACUCUCAACGCAGCUUUUAAGUCCGCUGCAGUGGAGCAGAUGCUGGAGAAGAACUACAGAAUUCACUGUUCUCUUCACAAUACGGAAGUCCCAGCUGACUUCAGCAUUAGCAAAAAAAUCGAGAGUGUCCUUCAGGAGGCAGAUUUCAGUGAGAAGAGAGCCAGGUCGAUGGACAUUGAUGACUUCAUGGUACUCCUGCAUGCGUUCAACUCUGCAGGAAUCCACUUCUCCUAACUCUGAUGAGAAGAUCUUCACAUCUUUUAAAAUUGUCACGCAAGGGAGAAUUUUGUGGUCAGAUCAGGGAAGAACAAACGCCUGUCUUGUUCAGCCCCUGGAGCCAUGUUUGACGGAACUGAAAUUUAAGAUAUUGAAAUGGUUGAAUGAAAUAUACAAAUAAUAUCAGAUGCAUUUAAAGUGCUCAUAUUGAGUGCUAUUUUACAUUUGUGAAAAUAUGACCUGUAAAAACUUUGAGCACAGAUACUUUAAAGCCUCUUACUGGUCUGAGUUUGUUCUUUGUCCAAAAAGUUUAGAAAACCAGACGCUUUCUAAACAACACAGAUUUUUCUCCUCAUGAAAAGUGUAGACAUGUUACAUUGUUUUUUAUGUAACUCUCAAUAAUGCAGAGUUACUCCUGCAUAAUAGGUGCCCUUUAACAAGAAUCAAUAUUCCCCGUCGCACUACAUAAACAAUUUGAUUGCUUUCAUUAGAGUCUUGCUUUAUGCUUUUGUCCUGACUUUUUUUCUGUUUUUGAACGUCUGUACCAGAAAAUAAAUCUUUUAAUGGUAUGACUGCCGUGAAUAUAACUACAUGUAAAGAAACUAGAAAUAUUAAAACAUAGUCUGGAUAAGCUCAGAACAAGGAUAAUCAAUUAAUGAGUUACUAAAGAACAGACUGAGGGGUAUAAAAACGAAAUAAAUGUUAUGAAAGAAAAUAGUGACCAUUUGUUUUCUAACAAUACACGUCUACUGGUCACGGAAACACCGAAGAAACAUGGAUACAGAAAGAACACGUGUGGAAAUUGUAGUUACUCACUCUGGCCGCUGGAGGGCAGUGAAUAGCAAUUAAUGUCUUGGUCAUGUUAAGGUGGAAACAUUGGCUACUGAUGCUGAGAUGACUUUCAAAAUAAAAUAAGUUUGCCGAACUUGCCAUUUGAGUACAAUAAUACACUGGAGGCUGUUACUGUUGUA